GUGGGGCUCAGCUAUGGCUGGCUUGCAUAGUUGCACCCCCAGGGGUGUGGAUCAGGUGGUUCUUAGCACUGCUCCAUGGGCGUGGGUUAGGGAAGGCGGGUUCUCUGAAAUGGGUUCCAUUUGGAACCCUUAUUGCCAAUGUUUCUGCAGCUUGUAUCAUGGCAGCUUUGUGUACAAUGAAGAAAGCGGUAUGGUUUUAUUGCUCUCCCAACCAAACUUAGUUUCCCCUCCUCCUUGCAUGUGCUAAACAGGUGCGUACCAAAACCUGUGAUACUAUUUCAACAGGCAUACAGUUAGGAUUUUUGGGUUGUCUGAGUACUGUUUCCACUUUCAUUGCCGAGUACAACGCCAUGGAAGAAAGCCAGAAAAACUGGAGAGCUUAUGCAUAUGCCCUGAUGACAAUAGCCGUCUCAUUUGGCUUGGGGAUCCUGAUAUUCUCUGUACCUGUUUGGACCAGGGGAUACAAAUAGCAUGUCAGUUUACUUUUAAUUCUCUCUUUUAGUUGCUGUCUUACGUAUGUCAAUUUUGACAUUAUGCAGAUUUUGACUCUCGCUUAAUGAAGAUCGUGUAGGGGUUGUCGAGAGACCGGAGAUUUCGUCCUUCGAACAUCGCAAAUAGGCACGAGAGAAGUGCUCUUCCAAAGCUAAAAAUCCUGCUGCUGCUAUCUACAGGGUCAUAUGGAUCUCCUUCUGAAGUUGCAAAACGGGCAUGUGAUUAUCAUCGGUGUUUUCUUUAUUUAAUCACAAAGAGCUGGAUAUUUUUUAAAUAUUGUUUUAAAUAUGAAUUUCAAAAGAAAUUAUCUUUCUUCUUGUAUUAUUAGGGUCUAGCGUGAUCAAACAUUCUUUUGGGUCUAAACUUGUUUUACUGGUAUAUAAAUACAUUUGCUAGGCCAGCCACAUAAUCUAUUUGGAGCAAAUUCUCAUUUAGACAUGACAAAUUCAUACCCGACUGUUCAAAAUCACAUACUAAUGUGUGAAUCAUAACUUUUUGAAAUUUUAAUUAGAGUCUAUUUUUUAAUCUACAAAUGGACAAAGAUGUAUAUUUUGACCUAUAAAACAUAUUUGAAGGAAAAACUUUAUAAAAUUAUGAUUUUUGUGUGAAACGGUCGACCAGUUAAUAUAAUUGGAUCUAACCGGUUGAAUAGUUGAUACAGAACAUUAGAGUUUGAUAAUGUCGCACUUUCAAAGCACAACAUGAUCAAAUUGUGCUAUUUCACUCAUUGUUUUUUGAAAUAAUAUUAUUCUAUUAAAUUUUUAUUUUUACUGUGCUAAUUUUAUAUAAAAAAAUCUGAUAAAUUUAUAUUGUUGAUGCUAUCAUUUGAAUAUGCGGUAGCUGCACAUAUUCAUCCUUAUUUGUUUGUGUUUUAAAAUUAUUUUUGAAAAAAUUUAAAUUUUUUUUUUUUUUUUAAAUUAAUAUUUUUUUGAUAUUUUUGGAUAUCAAAAAUAAUUUUUUUUUAAAAAAUAUUAUUUUGAUAUAAAAAUAUUUUAAAAAACAAUGAUAAUCUCAUUCUAAAACACGCCUGCUCUUAUUAAACCGUUACUGUAGUUGAGUAAAUUUUUCACAAGAACCAACCCCUUUAAGAUGAUUCUGGUCAGCUUAAAAAGUUCAAAUCAAAUAAGCAACUUGUAAAAAGUUGUAUCGGAAAAAAAUGCACUGCUUUUUAUGGUCAACCUUACUAUUUUGAUGGAAUGUAGAAAUCUUCAUGGUUGAUGAGGUGAUACACAGCCAAUGUGGUACUGCUGUUCGUGAGAUUAGCUUUGCUGCCCCUUGACUAAAACGGAUUUCUUAAUUUGUUUAUAAAGUCGUAUCCUCCUUUCUGAUCUUGCUUAUUAUAUUUUUAUUUUGGUAUCAUUGCAAUUAUUUUUUUAAUAAACAAUUGCUAAUCUCAUCAACCUCUUCUAUGUCAGCCUUUACAUCACAUCCUUGUCGUAUCUCUGGGAUCUCGUAUCAAUAUAUGGUCACAACGGUGUUCAUGCUAUUCUUGUAGUUAUUAUUGGCUAUUGGCUUUCAUGUCAAAUAUAGCUGCAUGGUGAAGGUCAAGAGUGAUUACUUCACAUUAAAUACGGUAAUAGAAAUGACUGUUAUAGUUGACUAAAACGAGGAGAAUUAUCUUUCAUAUCAACUAUAAAUAUACGGUGCUAAUAAAAGCUGAAAAACACAAGAAAUAAGAGAAACAUAGAAAGAGAGCUAGAGAGAGUUAAGUCGAAUUUUUUCUCCUUCUUGUUUUGUUAUUUGAAUGGUUUCUAAACUUAGAUCAAUACAAACCAGUAUCUCCAUCAAGUAAACAAAGUAAACAAGUUACCGAACCAUAUAAAUUGUGUGUUUUUUAUUUCUGAAAUUUCCUAACAAUUAUUCGAGGAACGAAUUCUUGCACCCUGGAGUUGGAGUCAUGGAUCAUGAAACUAAUGAGGCGGAACCCGAUCUGAGUGGUUCAUUUUGUCAGACAAGCAGUGUGGGCUCUCCAGUGAGUCGACGCUCUUUAAUUUUACCGCGCAGCUUAUCCUUCCAGAUAGAUGAUGAUAUUGAAAGUGAAAAUGUGUCAGAGAAAGGUGAUAUUGGUGACAGGGCUCUACAUGGCAAGAGACACAGUGAAAGUGGCAGCAUCAGGCUAUCCAUUGACAAGGAAUUAGAAAAUGGUAUGGCGGUUCCCAUUUCAGAGGACAUUUUAUUACAAUCCUAUGGGUUGUGGAGUCAUGAUUCCACAGCUUUGAAUACAAGAUCCCCAGUGUCACUUUUGCCAGAAGAAACCAUACCUCCUAUAUCGAUUGAUGUGUUGGUCUGCUCCAAGGAAAAACAAGAAGACAAAGAGAAAGCAUUUGCGUUGCCACCAUUACUCGAGUAUGUGUCCAGUCUUGUGUAUCUGGCAGUUUUUGGAAUUCUUGGGGUUUUAACAAGGUACAUGGUACAGAAACUCUUUGGCCCUGGUGUUGCUGGGGUGACAAGCGACAACUACCCGCUAUUUCUUGGCCUACCUUCCAAUAUGGUUGGUUCGUUCUUGAUGGGAUGGUGGGGUGUUGUGUUCGUAGGAGAUAUAUCCAGAGUGUCUGAUCAUUUGGCUAUUGGAUUAACCACUGGUUACUUAGGAAGUCUCGGAACUUUCAGUGGUUGGAAUCAGAAAAUGCUUGAUCUCAGUGUUGAUGGCCAUUGGGUGUUUUCUUUUGUUGGCUUUCUCAUAGGGUUAUUCCUUGCAGCAUACGCCAUAAAAUUGGGUGUUGGUACAGCCAAAUGUUUCAAGUCAUUUCUCGAAAGGUCAAACAGAAGUUCAGAUAUAGCCAGUCGGAGGGUGGACAACCGCUAUUAUCAUUUGGGAGUCCUGGUGGUAUUGGUGGUAAUACUAGGCCUUUUAUGGAGCGGGAGCUGGGCAAUGCUCAAGAAAGAGUAUAACCACGACAGUGGUAGGGCUCAGCUAUGGCUGGCUUGCAUAGUUGCACCCCCAGGGGUGUGGAUCAGGUGGUUCUUAGCACGGCUCAAUGGGCGUGGGUUAGGGAAGGCGGGUUCUCUGAAAUGGGUUCCAUUUGGAACCCUUAUUGCCAAUGUUUCCUCAGCUUGUAUCAUGGCAGCACUGUCUACUGUGAAGAAAGCGGUCCAUACCAAAACCUGCGAUACUAUUGCAACAGGCAUACAAUUCGGAUUUUUGGGUUCUCUAAGUACAAUUCCCACUUUCAUUGCCGAGUACAACGCCAUGGAAGAAAGCCAGAAAAACUGGAGAGCUUAUGCAUAUGCCCUGAUUACAAUAGCUGUCUCAUUUGGCUUGGGGAUCCUGAUAUACUCUGUACCUGUUUGGACCAGGGGAUACAAAUAGCAUGUCAGUUUACUUUUAAUUCUCUCUUUCGGUUGCUGUCUUCCCGUCUGUCAAUUUUGACAUUAUGCAGAACAUGACUCUUGCUUAAUAGAUAUAGUUUCUGUGUUUGAAAAUA